AUGGUUUCAUCAAAGGGAAAGCCUACAGACCCUAAGCUUCGCGAGGAGGCCAAGGAAGAUGUCAAGCAGAUGCCAAACAAGGAUGGAGGUGGAAAGGGUCACAUGGCUGGAUGGAAGGCUGGCAAAAUCUCUGAAGAGUACGAAAAGCGCGGCGGCGGCUACGAGAAUGAAGCAGGAUCCAAGAACGAGCCAACCAAAGGCGCUCCGACCCCCAAAUCCGACGCGAAGAAAGAUGCCGAAGUGAAGGAGAAUGGCGAAGAGAAGAGCGAGGAGAAGGAGAAAGAGAAGCCAAAGGCCAACAGUGGCAAGAAGGCAACCGGCACCAAGAAAGCUGAGCCAAAGGCCAAAGCUCCCAAGAAAGAGAAGAAGCCACCUGCAGAGGGAACAAGGAAGAGCUCUCGCGUUGCCGCCACUGCUGGCACCAAGCGUAGCGCGCCGGAGGACGACGACGACGACGGUGAGGAGGAAGAGAAGAAGGAGAAGAAAAAGGCACCAGCGAAGAAGGCCAAGACUUCUGCUAAGAAGUGA